AUGAAUGCGGACCAUGAGGAGGCCGUCGAAUUUGCCAAAAUCAGCAAGAGAGAAAACCGGGUCUACGUCGGCAACCUUAGUUACGACGUCAAGUACAGGGACCUGAUGGAAUUUAUGAGGGGAGCUGGUGAGGUCCUAUUCGCCGAAGUGCUCGUUACACCGACUGGAGUAUCCAAGGGCUGCGGCAUCGUCGAGUUUGCCUCUCAAGAAGACUCACAACGAUCCAUUCGGGAACUUUCGGAGAUGCCGUUGUUGGGACGACCAGUGUUUAUUCGCGAGGAUCGCGAGAACGAGGCACGAUUUGGUGCAACUCCGGUCCCCGGAAAAAUCGGUAUGGCAAUGGCUGGACAAGGUUUGAAUGCUGCACCGCCUCCACGCCCUCCGUCCCAUAAUUACUUUGGCACUCAUAACAAUCCUGGCAAUCAACUCUAUGUCGGAAAUCUUCCCUACCAAGCUGGCUGGCAGGAUCUAAAAGAUCUUUUCCGCACGGCCGGUAAUAUAGUUAGGGCAGAUAUCAAUAUUGGGGCAGAUGGUCGUCCGAAGGGAUCCGGGACUGUGGUCUUUGAGACACAGAAAGAUGCACAAAAUGCAAUCAGCAUGUACCAUGGUUUUGAUUGGUACGGGCGCGCUCUUGAAGUUAGAGAGGAUCGCUUUGCCGGAUUAUCAGGACCAGGUGGCUUCCGUGGGGGCUUACGUGGUACUCAGCGCGGCCUUCGUGGCGUGAGAGGAUUUCGCGGUGGCCUCCGUGCGGCAGGCUUCUCAGGCGGAGGUCGCGACUUCAACCGAGAUAUUUACGCUGAUUAUUCCGGUCCUGAUCAGCAGCAGGCUCAAAGCGGGGGUUUGAGGAUGGACGGGUACAACAACAGUGGAUAUAAUAAUGGUGUGGGCGGCUUCCAGGGCAACUAUGGUCCAGAGCCAGAGCCUAGUCAGCAGAUCAUGGUUCGAAACCUUCCAUGGUCUACCGCCAAUGAAGAUCUUGUCGAGCUUUUCGAGACCACGGGUCAGGUUGAGUUGGCUGAAAUCUUAACUGAUGGGACGCGCUCGAAAGGUUCCGGUGUUGUUCAGUUUGCCCAGGUUGCUGAAGCUGAGACUGCCAUCGCAAAAUUCCAGCAUUACAUGUAUGGGGGACGGCCAUUGGACGUUCGGUACAACGAUCGCUGGCACACAUUCACUCCCACUGCCGCGAAGGGUGGUCAGGUGGCUCCUAUGCAAGCGGAGUGA